GCCGACGCUUCUAGUGCCCGGAUGUUAUGUAAAGGUAGACGUUUUGUAAGUUUAACAACAAAUACCCGACAAUGUUAGCAUCUGCUGUGCGAUCUUUGUCUUCUGCGGUGGUGCGUCAGGUGAGAUCCAUUCACAAAACUGCACCAGUUCUUAGUGACAAACUCUUUGUGCAUCGAGAUACCCCGGAAAACAACCCGGAUGUUCCAUUUGAGUUUACCCCAGAGAAUAUGAAGAUAGCCCAGAGUAUUAUCAAAGACUUCCCAGAAGGACACCAAGCAGCUGCCUGUAUCCCACUGUUAGAUCUGGCCCAGAGGCAGCAUGGCUGGUGUCCAAUCUCAGUGAUGCACUAUGUGGCAGACAUGUUAAGCAUGCCCAGGAUGAGGGUUUAUGAAGUAGCCACCUUUUACACAAUGUUCAACAGGGAACCUGUAGGAAAGCAUUUUAUUCAGAUCUGUACCACAACUCCCUGUAUGUUGGGUGGAGUAGGAAGUGAUGUCAUAUUAGAGGCUAUUAAGACUAAACUAGGUAUAGAAGUUGGUGAGACCACAAAGGACAAUAUGUUCACACUAGCAGAAGUGGAGUGUUUAGGUGCCUGUGUAAAUGCUCCUAUGGUUCAAAUCAAUGAUGACUAUUAUGAGGACCUUACUGUUGAUGAUAUGAAUAGUAUUUUAGAUGAUUUAAUAGCAGGGAAAAAACCUAAAGCAGGCCCAAGGAGUGGACAGAACCACAGAUUUGCUUGUGAACCAAAAGGAGGUCUAACGUCAUUAAAAGGCACGCCAACAGGCCCAGGGUUUGGGGUCCGAAGUGAUCUUUAACGAGGUUUUCAAUUUAAGUGACGAUAUUUACAAUAUGGACCUACUUUACGUGUUGUCUUAGGUGCUGGUCUAUACACAAACUAUGCUUGCCACAAGUUACGUUGCGAUAAGUUUGUAAAGCUGAGCUGCAAGAAUGGACAGUCCUCAUCUGAAGAGUUUCACAGUUGUGUUGGCACCAAGGCAAUAACUUAAAUUAAACUUUUUUGUUACAACACGGGAUAACUGAAUGCAGUGACAAGUUUUGCUUCAUUUCUGUUUCAGGAUACAAUAAUUUUGUAAGGUGGGGGUGGUGGAAUGCUGUGCUUAGAGUGCUACCAUUAGCAAAACGAAGAAAUGCACGGCAUCUGAACACAAAGAAUACACCAUUUUCAGAACAAGUCAAAUGUACAGACAAAAAACAGAAAAUAAAGGUGCAAAAAAAGG